AUGGACGUCCGUGUGGGGGGGAAAUAUCGCUUGGGGAGGAAGAUUGGGAGCGGCUCGUUCGGCGACAUCUACCUGGGCACGAACAUCUCAACGGGAGAUGAAGUUGCUAUUAAAUUGGAGAGUGUCCGUUCGAGACACCCGCAACUAAUCUAUGAAAGCAAGCUAUAUAAAAUUUUAAUGGGGGGAAUAGGAAUCCCAACCCUUUAUUGGUAUGGGAUAGAGGGGGAUUACAAUGUAAUGAUCAUCGAGCUUUUGGGCCCUUCUCUUGAGGACCUCUUCAGCAUUUGCAACAGAAAGCUUUCUUUGAAAACUGUGCUGAUGCUCGCCGACCAAAUGCUGAAUCGUAUUGAAUUUGUUCACAGCAGGCACUUCAUUCAUCGUGACAUUAAACCCGAUAAUUUCUUAAUCGGUAGGGGCAAGAAAAUGUCCAUUGUUUUCGCUAUCGACUUUGGCCUCGCCAAGAAAUAUAGAGAUCCGAGGACGCAGUCCCACAUCCCCUAUCGAGAGGGCAAGAACCUUACAGGUACCGCAAGAUACGCAUCAGUGAAUACUCACUUGGGAAUUGAACAGAGCAGACGGGACGAUCUUGAGGCAUUAGGAUACGUUUUAAUGUACUUCAAUAGAGGUUCACUUCCGUGGCAGGGGCUUAAAGCCACAACAAAGAAAGAUAAAUAUGAUAAGAUCAUGGAGAAGAAAAUGUCAACCCCCAUCGAAGUUCUCUGCAAACAGUUUCCAUUUGAGUUUAUCACAUACUUAAACUACUGCCGAUCUUUGCGAUUUGAGGAUCGCCCAGAUUAUUCCUAUUUAAGGCGGCUGUUCAAGGAUCUUUUCUUCCGCGAGGGAUACCAGUAUGACUUCAUCUUCGACUGGACAUUCCUGCACGCUGAGAGAGAGCGCGAGCGCCAACGACGUUCAAUGGUCAACCAGGGAGCGGAUGGCGGCAACCAGUGGCGACGAGACGCAUCGGGCAGAGAUCCACUUGGACGCCUGCCUCAGCUAGAACCCUAA